AUGAACAACGACCCUGUAAAGGAGUAUAAGGCGUUGGUGAGAAAGCCAAGACAUGACGAAGCUCUACAACUGCUGAAACGUUUAGCAUCGCAAGUGAAACCGGUGUUGCUGAAGCAUAAUUGGACUAUCAAGAAUUUGGUCGAGUUCUUUCCCACUAAUCCCAACUUGCUAGGGAUGAAUACCAAUAGAGGAUGGAAGGUCAAUUUGAGAUUGAGACCGCAUUACGAUGAAACGCAGUUUUUGGAGUAUGAAGACAUUCUAGGCACACUGUUGCAUGAAAUGGCACACAUUGUGAGAGGACCCCAUGAUGAACAUUUCUACAAAUUGUUGGAUGAGCUGAAGCAAGAAACAGAGCUGUUGAUGGCAUCUGGUUACAGAGGCGACGGAUUUUUCUCAGAUGGACAUCUGUUGGGAUUCCAAUCUGUGCCCAGAUACAUGAGUAGUGGAAUAGCAGCAAAAGCAGCGGAAAAGCGAUUGCAGACGUCCAAAAUCAUGCUGCCAACUGGAGGCAUUCGAUUAGGCGGCGGAUCAAGCACCAUUAAGCACAUGACACCUGCCCAAGCAGCAGCACGAGCAGCACAAAAACGACAAUUAGAUAAGGUUUGGUGUGGAGGUAGUGUGGUAGAACAAGACAGCAGCAGUGAGGGCGAUGCAUCGUCGGCACCUGUAACUCCACCUGCUGUACCCUCCUCGCCUUCCGAUAAUGUAACACGCAAAAGAAAGCUCAGUUCCAAUAUACCCGCCGAGAUGGAUACACGAUCGAAAAAGCAGAGUCUUGAAACGAGUGUGAUUGAUCUAACAACAACAACAACAACAAUAGAGAAAGACGGAUGGGCUUGUACUACUUGCACUUUUAUCAAUGGCCCCAUUACACUGGCUUGUCAAAUCUGUUUCACGGAACGGCCUCAUGAUGAUGAUGCUACUGUUGUUGACGUUUCAGAUGACUUUUGGUCCUGCCCUCAAUGUACAUUAAAGAAUGAAAAGAAAUGGACAGCAUGUGUAGCUUGUCAGUUUGUUCAAUUACGAUAA